CCAGUAAAAAUAUAAAUAUAAGAGACGUUACUGCCUUAAACGAAGAGUGCAUAUAUGUAUGUGUGUGUUUUAAAUUGUUUUAUUCUAUACAUUCAGUAACCACAAGUGGCUUCUCUCUCUCAGCUAGACGUUGUUGAGUAUAAGUGGAACCGAAGUGUAAUGAUCGUGUAUAUUAUAAAUUUACCAUCACAUAUUGACCAUUUAAACCAAUUAUCAAGUGUGUAACAGUGGGUUUUUGAAAGUGACCAUAUUAAGUACAAGUAAUAUAAGUUUGAAAGCUCUGUGGUUGUUUGAAGUCAGAAAGCGAAAAGAGAAUUUUUGUAUACCAAGGAUAUAGUGACUUGUUUGUCUGAUAUAAAUAUCAUGACUAUGCAGGCGUACCAACUGUUGUGGUGUAUGACUAUAUGCUGGGCAGCAGUUGCGUUUGGCUGGAGCUCUUUUUUGUGUCCUGCUCCACGGUCUCCGGCUAACGGGGAGCAUUUCAUCUUUGAAAAUGGACAGGUCGUAAAAUUCCGAUGUCUACCGGGAUACACUAUGGUUGGUAAUGCCGAAAUGAGGUGUAUCCGUGGGCAAUGGUCCAGUCCUACCCCUAAGUGUUCAGUUGUUAACCCACAGGGAAGGCAGCCAAAAACACAGACAGAACAACCAACCUCCGCCUACGAUGAAUCGUGCAUAGUUAUUCGUGCCAGAUAUCGGAGGAUAACAGCACCUCCUCGAAUCGACAAUGGUUACGCCAAAUAUCUCCGUAGAGUAAAAAAUAUUAACAAUGCCUAUAUGUUCGUCGUAUAUCAGUGUAAAGCUAACUACGUUUUUCUUGAUCCAAAUGCAAGUUCUCUGUACUGUCAAAAAAAGAAAUGGGUGGGCAAGCCUCCAAAGUGUGUAUCAAAAGAUAAUGUUAAUGAAUUGAGAAAGGAAAAUAAAAUAGGAGUCACGAGACCAGUUUGUAGAGUUUCCAACGGAGGCUGUAAACAUCGCUGCACCGAAUGGAACGGACAAGCCUUGUGUUCCUGUUAUCCUGGUUUUUACUUGGCUCAAGACAAGAAAUCAUGUCUACUUAAAGUUAAAAACUGCCCAAAGCUGAGAUCGCCUCUCAACGGUCAAAUACAAGGAUCUUGUGACAACAGCUAUAAAUCUACAUGUUUUUUUAGUUGUAAUGAAGGUUAUAAACUUCAAGACCCAGGCAGCUCUAAACGGGUUUGUCAGAGAUCAGGGACAUGGUCUGGUGAUACGCCUUUUUGCCAGCUCAUAACAUGUCCUCCACUGGAGCCUCCUGUCAAUGGUCGGCUAGUAACUUACUGUGAAAACAGUUACAAGUCUAGCUGUAUGUUUGUCUGUGACGAUGGUUAUCAACUUCAAGACCCGAGUAGUGCUCGGCGCGAGUGUCUGAUUUCAGGAAGCUGGAGUGGAAAAUCAACAGUGUGUCAACGUCCACAUUUUAUUUACAGUCCUCCAAUCAUCAACUACCAAUCACCAACACUUAACAUUCCAGCUUAUUCAUUACUGGUAAUUCAAUGUAAAGGAAGAAGACCACUAGCAUGGAGUAUACCAGCAGAAGUUAGGAACAGGUCCUACGGCAGGGCUCGAGUUAACAGUACCUAUGUUCCAACUAGCGACCACUACCGAUACUUUAGCGAACUAGUUAUUUCAGAUACAAACUACUUAGAUACAGGAACUUAUAAGUGUGUAUACGCCAAUUCAAGUUAUUAUGCUGGAGAAAAUGCCACAGCCUUGAAUAUAUUUGUAAAUGAUGAUCACCACCUAUUUCUACCCCAGUACUCAAGGAUAUACGUAAAUCCACAAAAACCUAUUGUUAUUCCCUGCCGAUUGACAAACUCUCGAGCUAAUGUAACACUCUACAAGGUAGUUGGUGAACAUGAAGAAAGCAUUAUUACUGGUUAUGAUGUUCAUUUUGACCCAGCUCUAGGAUUUACCUUCCGAUAUCCAAAUAUUUACUAUCAGGGAAUGUUCCUAUGUCGAGGCGCCUUGGAUGAUUACAGAGAAGAGGUUGUAUUUUCCCUGGAUCCCUAUUCCCUAGAUUAUCUCGACCCUCAAGUAUUUGUGUAUAUUAAUGACACCAACGCUCAACACCCAGUCGUCGGUGGUUCCUUAACCCUCACUUGUACGGUCUACUACGCACCAGAUUCUUUAAUUUUAAUAGAAUGGCUUCAUCCGGGAAGUGACAACCCUCGAAUUACCCUCAGUGACGUGAACGUAACUAGCAUAAUUAGAAAAAACUUUUCCUUCGACAUGAUUUCAAGAACGAUCACAAUAGAUGACGUGCAAUACAGCAAUGAAGGUGUUUAUACCUGUCGCGCUAUUCACAGUAAUGGCCGAACGAUGUCAAAAGAUGUUUUUGUAAAAGUAUAUGAUGAAAUUUAUCCAAUAAAUAAACACGGUUCAAAUAAAGAUUCAGAGGAAAGUUCGGAAGAGGACUCUAGUGAAGAAGAUAACAAAACUUUCAGUCUUCAGUGUUCCUUCUUGAGAGUUGGUUCUGAAUGUGUUUGUCCAAGAGGUUAUCAGAUAGCACCGGACAAGAAAACCUGCUGGGAUAUUAAUGAAUGUACAAUCCCAUCUCUCGCUGCUAUUUGCCGAGGACCUUGUGUUAACACAGUUGGAAGCUACAGAUGUGCGCGGCCUGAUGAGGGAGAAGACAGUAACCAACCAUGUCCAAAAGGCUACGAAAAAAAUGUUCAAGGAUUCUGUGAGAUUAUCAAACGUCCCAUCCAUCCCACCGAAUGUGACGAAAAUAUAGGCUGUUCGCACACCUGUCUCAGGAGUGACGACCUAUCAUACUGUGCCUGUCCAGCAGGUUUGCGUUUAGGCUCAGACAGAAAAACCUGUCAUGAUAUUGAUGAAUGUUCAAGUUCUUCUUCCUGCCAACAUAUAUGCCAUAACACCGAGGGAAGUUUCAGAUGUGAAUGUUAUCAGGGUUUCGUUUUAAUGAGCGAUAACACGUGCCAAGAAUGUAGGAAGAAUUCCUAUAGAAAUACUCAAGAGAGCGAAUUUUGUACUGAAUGUCCGCCAUAUUCUCACACUAAUGGAACUGGAAAAACCUCAUUAGCCGACUGCCUUUGUGACCCAGGCUAUAGUGGCGACUUGACGAAAAAUAUAUCUUGUUCAGAUAUUGACGAAUGUGAAGAAAACAAUUUUGGAUGUUCUCACAAUUGCGUCAACACUCCAGGGAGCGUACACUGUACCUGUCCGUUAGGUUGGGAGCUUGGUGAGGAUGAAAAAUCUUGUGAAGACAUAGACGAAUGUAGCACCAGCAAUGGAGGAUGCCACCAUCAAUGUGAGAACACAGAAGGUAGUUUUAAAUGCUUGUGUCAAGAGGGUUACAACUCUUCAUCAACUGAUCCGUACCAAUGCAAUGAUAUCGACGAGUGUGAACAACAAAAUGGUGGCUGUAGCCAUGAGUGCGUUAACUACAAUGGAGGGUACGACUGUACAUGCUCAGAAGGGUAUCAUCUCGCCAGAGAUAGGAAGACAUGUUGGGGAAUCAGAUGCCCUGCCUUUUCUAAACCAUCAAACAGCCAGUUCCACUGUAAGAUACCUACCAGCAAUGGCAAUAGCACAGAAGAUUAUCCAGUAGGAAGUGUAUGUCAAAUAAAGUGUGAACGGGGUUAUGAACUACAAGGGCCGAAAACAAAGACCUGCCAAACAGAUGGCACGUGGGACCAAGAGUCGCCUGUCUGUAUUGCCAUGACUUGCCCUCCAAUUGUUCCUCCCGAACACGGAUUUGUAUAUCCCGAAACGUGUAGUGAAGGUCAGACACCAGUUGGCGAAACGUGCUACUUUACCUGUGAACAGGAAUAUAGAUUAGUUGGACGAGCAUUUGUGAAGUGUACACGAGAGUUACAUUGGAAGCCAAAAACAUUUUCGUACAAAUGUGUCAAAAUGUAUGAAUAUUUCACAAUGGAAAGUCUGGGCUGGUCCAUACCUAUUCAAAAAAGCGAUCAAUUUCCGGUGGCAUCAUACUACUUAUGA